AUGUCGGGUAUCUGCAGGCCGCGAUUGGCGGAAGAGCGCAAGCAGUGGCGGAAAGACCAUCCCUUCGGAUUUUUUGCCAAACCUUCGAAGGCGUCCGAUGGAUCCAUGAAUCUCAUGGAAUGGGAAGUCGGAAUCCCAGGGAAAUCUGGUACUGCAUGGGACGGCGGGUUAUUCAAACUAACUAUGAUUUUUCCUGAAGAUUAUCCCUCAAAGCCACCCAAAUGCAAAUUUACACCGCCUCUGUUCCACCCGAAUGUUUAUCCCUCUGGCACGGUUUGCUUAUCGAUCCUAGAUGAGGAAAAGUCGUGGAAGCCAGCUAUCACGAUUAAACAGAUUUUGCUAGGUAUACAGGAUCUUCUUGAUGAUCCCAAUGUGAAUGACCCUGCCCAGAGCGAGGCAUACACGAUGUUCAAGAAUGACAAGGUAGCAUACGAGAAGAAGAUUCGUCAACAAGCUCGGGAGAAUAUACCCAAGUAG